CUAACACAACUUCUUCUUCUCUCUCUCUUUCUCUCUCUGCUCUUCAAGCGCCUGUCCUCCGCACAAUCGCUACACUGAACCUGACACUAUACAGAUUUUGAGAUUGAGUCUCUUCAACACUCUCCUGGACGGUAGGUGCGAAUAACUUCUGCCGACAAAUGAAGCAUCUUUCAUCUUUUCAAUACGCAGAUUGAUUAAUCAGCGAAACUGCUUAAACUAGCUUUUCACAUCUUCUAGACGAGUGAUUUGAACAAUUGACUUGUUGCGGACAACCUUCACCAUCAGAGUUCAGAAGGUUGACUAGUCCUUUCCCAAGUAGAAAAUCAACCUGUUUUAGAUGCAAACAACUCAGAAACACCCGAGUUCAGUUGGUUUCCAUCUGUAUCACCAGCCGAUGCAAGACACAGGCACAUGCCAUUUGUCUCAUUGCCAGAUUUUGCCAAGCAAUUUAUAUAAUGAAAUCCCUGAUGAUAGCAGCCAGGGAACCACAGUUUCUUUUGAAAACUACAACCAGCAAUACUUUACCCUUGAAUCAUCCCUACCGCCACCUCCUGGUCCCAUAACCUGUGAUUCCUCUUCCUUUGCUAGCAAUUCAUCUAAUAGGAGUCCUUUUUCACCACAAGGUUCUCAGACUCAGUCGUCCCUUUCAGAUCCGCACCAGUCCCAGGAUAACACCUAUGGAUCACCAAUCAGUGGGUGCUCUAGUGUUGAUGGUGGUAAUGAAUUGAAGCACAGACUCAAGGAAUUAGAGAAUGAAUUGUUGGGACCGGAGUCAGAUAUUGUUGACAGUUGUGAUUACUGCCCCGACGGCGGCCACCAGCAAACAUCUCCGAUGUCUGGAUGGAAUUGGGACCAGAUUGUAGAAAUGAUUCCUAAGCUUGACUUGAAAGAAGUCCUCAUUGCUUGUGCACAAGCUGUGUCCAAUGGCGAUUUUCAAACCGCAGCAGGAUUCAUGGAUAAAGUAUUAGUGAAGAUGGUGUCAGUUUCUGGGGAUCCACUUCAGAGGUUGGGAGCUUACAUGUUGGAGGGGCUUAAAGCGAGGGUGGUAUCAACUGGGAGUGCCAUCUACAAAUCUCUGAAGUGUGAGCAAGAACAACCCCCAACGAGCAAAGAACUGUUAAAUUACAUGGGCAUUCUCUUUAGGAUUUGCCCAUAUUGGCAGUUUGCUUACACAUCUGCAAAUGCUGUCAUCCUAGAAGCAAUGCAAAGUGAACCCAGAAUUCAUAUAAUUGACUUCCAAAUUGCACAGGGCACCCAGUGGAAGUUACUAAUUCAGGCUCUUGCACAGCGGCCUGGUGGGCCCCCAUGCAUUCGGGUAACUGGUGUUGACGACUCCCAAUCAUUUCAUGCUCGAGGUGGAGGGCUUCAUAUUGUAGGACAGCAUUUGGAAAAUCAUGCCAAGUCUCUUGGAGUGCCGUUUGAGUUCCAUAGUGCCGCCAUGUCUGGCUGUGAGGUUCAACUUGAGAACCUAGGAGUUCAACCCGGGGAAGCGAUUGCUGUGAAUUUUCCUUAUGUUCUGCAUCACAUGCCUGAUGAGAGUGUUAGCACAGAGAACCACAGAGACAGGCUAUUGAGAUUGGUCAAGAGCUUGUCACCCAAAGUUAUGACCCUUGUUGAGCAGGAAUCCAACACCAACACUUCUCCCUUUCACCAAAGGUUUGCUGAGACACUAAAUUACUAUACAGCCAUGUUUGAAUCAAUUGAUGCGGGGAGCUCUAGCAGAGAUGAUAAGGAGCGGAUUAGUGCAGAACAGCACUGUGUGGCUCGAGACAUUGUCAACAUGAUAGCUUGUGAGGGGACAGAGAGGGUAGAGAGGCAUGAACUUCUAGGAAAGUGGAGGUCAAGACUUUCCAUGGCCGGUUUUAAACAACACCCGUUGAGUGCCUCUACUACGGCUGCAGUCAGAAACUUAUUGAAGGGUUUCAAAGAAAAGUACCGUCUUGAAUAUAGAGAUGGUGCUCUCUAUCUGUUUUGGAUGAACAGAGCUAUGUCCACCUCUUCUGCUUGGUGGUGAUUUUGACUGCUUCAUUGGGACUUGUACAUUUUCUCCUGUUUCUUUUCUCCCCUCUCUUUUGAGCUUUAGCAUAAGUUAGUUGCAUCAGCAGAAUCUUCAUAGGACUUACUCAAGGUUAAUCUUUGAUGCAACAUUUGUUGUACUAAUCUCAGAAGUUGCUGUAAAUGUCAAAUGCUAGAACGGUUAGUAAAAGAAACCUCCAAUUUUAACUUCUUGUCACUCUUCAUAGGCAUUAAUCCAAAAGGAUAUGGAUAUAAGGGGCUUAA